AUGAAGAAGGCUUUGAUCUCGGAUUUCUUUCGUGAGGGAGUAAAUGUGGCUGCGCGGGGUGUAAGCGAAUGCAAUGGAGCUACUGCGCCUCAACUUCAUUCUCGGUGUGAUUCCAGCAUAGAUGAUGUGGACAACCGAAGUGUUGGUUGUUGUCACAGUCGUUGCGAUAGCGCAGGGAGCGAGUGGGUGUGCCCUGAACUGCAUGAGAAACGCUCAGAGCGGGAAAUCCUCCUCCUCACUCCAUCCGUCGCCGCGCCCCAACAUUACGACAAAAGAGAAAAGUUAAAUGAAGCCGAUUCCCUACACUUGAAACAUGCAGCGGAGUAUGAAAUCAUCGUCCCUGCUGUGGCCCGCGCGCUUCAACAUGUGGUGGAGGCUCAUGAAACCUGGCGGCUGGAGAUGUCUUCAUCUGCUGGUGGCAUACGUGUGCGGAAAAGUCUCAUUUCCAACAGUAGUGCCGCACAUGCUGCUACAGAUGUUGCUGCUGCAUGUGGUUCUGAGGGCACCGUGAGAGAAAAGAAAAGGAAUCACUAUCCGCAGGUAUUUGAAUCAGCAGUGCCUCCACCCUUCACGCUCCUCCACUACGUGCAGAUGCUGGCAAACCAUACAUUUGUAUCGCCAUCCGUCCUUGUUGCAGCGUGUUUAUAUACAGAUCGAUUUAUUGAACAGUGGUCCGACUUGCGGUUAACAUUGAACAAUGUAUUCAAGAUCUUUCUUACGGCUGUGCGCGUUGCCAACAAAAUUCUGGACAUUAGAGUACUAAAUAAUGAGGACUUCGCCGCUGUUGGUGGGGUGAGUAACCCGGAACUCAAUGCCAUGGAAAAGAUAUUUACAUGGGGUCUACGAUUUGACUUGUACAUCAGCUCAACGGAGUUUGACCGGUACGUCACCGGUCUCAUGUCUCAAUCUUCCACAAAACCUUUUAAGCAGGUCGGUUGCACUUGCAAAAUCACGAAGUCAAACAUUAUGAUUGAGGUACCUGCAGAGGCAGUGGAAGGCGCAGCAGUUUGA